AUGCGUAAAUUUUUCCCCAGAUUGAAGCAAGACAUUAUAAAUUCUUUAAAGACCUUAAUUAACAAUAAUUUGAAGGGCAGCGUCUUCAAAUGCGAUAGUAAGAAGGAAAUUACUGACAACCUUUCCAAUCUCAUAAAGGACCAUUUAAAAAGCUUAACCUCAAACAAAUAUAAAAUUGUUGUUGAAAUUCUUCUUAACGAAAGCAAAGAACAAGGGAUAAAGUAA